AUGGGUGCCAGUCCCCGCACUUGGUGUCACGCUCCCACGUACGUCUGCGAAGCCGUCUACACGUUAGACCCUACCCCCAGCCGUGGCCGCGUAAACUCGACUUCCACGUCGCCAACAGCCACAGGCGCUUCAAGUCACCCAGACGACCAUGACGAGCAGGACGUUGGUAUGGCACCAUCCCAAACCGACAUAAGAAACGCCACGUCCGCCCUAGCAAAGGUCGCAGCCGCAUUACUAAAGACCGAAGCCGACGCAAAAAAGGCAGCCAAGCGGCGCAAGCUGCUCGUUUCCCUCUGUGCCGCUGUCGCCGCGGCCGAUGCCAGCUUCCGCGGCAUUCCGCCCCUUGCUUCUGCUGCUGCCGCCGGCGACGCCAGAUCCGAACCCGUAGACCCGAAGCUUGCUAGAUUUGUUAGGGCGGCGCAAGAGGUGCUUGAGGAUGGAGGCCAUCAAGUCUAA